CCAAGUGAGAAACGAAGAAGGAAAGAACUUCGGUGCUUUAAUGGCGAAACCGGUUUCUGACGGUGAGAUUUCAAACCAAAACCAGGUUGCCAAAGUCGAAGCCGAAGCUCACCCCUACGCUUUUCAUGUCUCUGGCCCUCGCAAUCUGACCACUCUUAAUUGGAGAGACCUCAUUAAUUCUAGUUGGAAGGAUCCGAAUUACAAGAAAACAGUGAUAGCUUGCUUCAUCCAAGCUGUGUACCUUCUGGAACUUGAUAGGCAAGAGAAUCGAUCACAGUCAAACGCUCUAGCGCCACAUUGGUGGAUUCCAUUCAAGUACAAGCUCACCAAAACGCUAAUUGAUGAACGUGACGGAUCCAUCUUCGGAGCAAUCCUCGAAUGGGAUCGAUCCGCCGCCAUGGCUGAUUUAGUCCUCAUCAGACCCAGCGGAGCUCCCAAAGCCGUGCUCGUUCUCCGAGGAACACUCCUUAAAGGCCCCACCAUCCGCCGUGACAUCGAAGAUGACCUCCGAUUUCUCGCCUGGGAAAGCCUCAAAGGAUCCGUGAGGUUUAACUCUGCCUUAGAGGCUCUCCGAUCUGCUUGCGAUGCCUAUGGGAGCAGCAAUGUGUGUGUGGCAGGGCAUUCUCUUGGAGCUGGUUUUGCUCUUCAGGUUGGAAAAGCUUUGGCCAAAGAAGGAAUUUACGUGGACACACAUUUGUUUAAUCCACCUUCGGUUUCAAUCGCCAUGAGUUUCAGAAACAUCGGAGAAAAAGCUGAGUUUCUCUGGAAAAAGGUCAAGAAAUCCUUCGUCUCAAACUCAGAUCCCCAGGAUGAUCCGAACAAUCCAAAUGGCGGACCCGAAUCUGGAUCCGGAUCCAAUCCAAGCAGUUGGAUGACCCGGUUUACAAGUUGGAAGGAUUCGGGUCGAUGGGUUCCGCAUUUGUAUGUGAAUAACAGCGAUUAUAUAUGCUGCUCUUAUACCGACCCGGAUCAUGGUGGCGAUGGCGGCAGAGCAAGAGGAGGAGAUGAAGAUAAAGAGAAUGUGAGGCCCGCAAGUGGCGGUGGCAACAGCAGCGGGCAAACGGCGGCAAAAUUGUUUGUGGUGACAAAGGAGAAGCAGAGGUUUCUUGAAGCUCAUGGGUUGGAACAAUGGUGGUCGAGUGAUGCGGAGCUCCAACUAGCUAUACAUAAUAGUAAGUUGAUAACAAGGCAACUGAAGUCUUUAUAUAAUGCGGCUUCUACACAAAUAACACAGGGAAAAGGGAAGCCCAAGUGAGAGUAUAAUUGUAGAUAUUUAUUUGAUUUUUUUUUAAAUUCUUGGAUUUGCUUGUUUGUUAAAUAACUCGUUUUUGCUUCAAUACAUAUAUGUUGUAUUUUUUUCAUUCUUGUUUCAUCAAUUGGUUUUUUUUUA